CCACUGUCGCUUGAACCAUGGCUUCGGGCCGAAGGGGCUGGGACAGCUCCCACGAGGACGACCUGCCUGUGUACUUGGCCCGGCCGGGGACCACAGAUCAGGUCCCACGGCAGAAGUACGGAGGCAUGUUCUGCAACGUGGAGGGCGCCUUCGAGAGCAAGACAUUGGAUUUCGAUGCUCUGAGUGUGGGACAGCGCGGCGCCAAGACUCCCCGGAGCAGCCAGGGCAGUGGCCGCGGCGCAGGGACCCGGCCCGGGGUGGAGGGGGACGCGCGCAGAAGCCAGGGUCGGGACGAGACCAGGGAGCCAGCGCCUGAGUCGCCCAAGUCCGCUGGGGUGGAGAUCCGGAGCGCUACCGGCAAGGAGGUCCUGCAAAACCUGGGUCCCAAAGACAAGAGUGACCGUCUUCUCAUCAAGGGUGGGAGAAUCGUCAAUGAUGAUCAGUCCUUCUAUGCUGAUAUUUACAUGGAGGAUGGCUUAAUAAAGCAAAUUGGAGACAAUCUGAUUGUCCCCGGAGGUGUGAAGACCAUCGAAGCCAACGGGAAGAUGGUGAUUCCUGGAGGUAUUGACGUACACACACACUUCCAGAUGCCUUACAAAGGAAUGACCACAGUGGAUGAUUUCUUCCAAGGAACAAAGGCUGCCUUAGCAGGUGGCACCACCAUGAUCAUUGACCAUGUGGUGCCUGAACCUGAGUCUAGCCUGACUGAGGCCUAUGAAAAGUGGCGUGAGUGGGCUGAUGGGAAGAGCUGCUGUGACUAUGCUUUGCAUGUGGAUAUCACCCAUUGGAACGACAGUGUCAAGCAGGAAGUGCAAAACCUCAGCAAAGACAAAGGUGUUAACUCCUUCAUGGUUUACAUGGCCUACAAGGAUUUAUAUCAAGUGUCCAACACAGAGCUCUAUGAGAUCUUCACCUGCCUGGGAGAGCUGGGGGCCAUUGCUCAAGUUCAUGCUGAAAAUGGAGACAUCAUUGCCCAGGAGCAGGCUCGAAUGUUGGAAAUGGGGAUAACUGGUCCUGAAGGCCACGUUCUGAGCAGACCAGAAGAGCUGGAAGCUGAGGCUGUGUUCCGUGCCAUUACCAUCGCCAGCCAGACUAACUGCCCCCUCUAUGUCACCAAGGUCAUGAGUAAGAGCGCGGCUGAUCUCAUCUCACAAGCCAGGAAGAAAGGAAAUGUGGUCUUUGGUGAACCCAUCACGGCCAGCCUCGGAAUAGAUGGGACCCAUUACUGGAGUAAGAACUGGGCCAAGGCAGCUGCAUUUGUGACAUCCCCACCACUGAGCCCUGACCCAACCACACCUGACUACAUCAACUCCUUGCUGGCCAGUGGUGAUCUGCAGCUCUCUGGAAGUGCCCACUGUACCUUCAGCACUGCCCAGAAAGCCAUCGGGAAGGACAACUUCACAGCUAUCCCUGAGGGCACCAAUGGUGUGGAGGAGCGUAUGUCUGUCAUCUGGGACAAGGCUGUGGCCACGGGCAAGAUGGAUGAAAAUCAGUUUGUGGCUGUGACAAGCACCAAUGCUGCCAAGAUAUUCAACCUGUACCCACGCAAGGGGAGAAUAGCUGUGGGCUCUGACAGCGACCUGGUCAUCUGGGAUGCAGAUGCUGUGAAGAUCGUCUCUGCCAAGAACCAUCAGUCGGUUGCAGAAUACAACAUCUUUGAAGGGAUGGAGCUGCGUGGGGCACCUCUGGUGGUCAUUUGCCAGGGAAAGAUCAUGCUGGAAGAUGGCAACCUGCAUGUGACCCAGGGGGCUGGCCGUUUCAUUCCGUGCAGCCCAUUCUCUGACUAUGUCUACAAGCGCAUUAAAGCCAGGAGGAAGAUGGCAGAUCUGCAUGCAGUCCCAAGAGGCAUGUAUGAUGGACCAGUUUUUGACUUGACCACCACCCCCAAGGGGGGCACCCCAGCUGGCUCUACUCGAGGUUCUCCCACUCGGCCGAACCCACCAGUAAGGAACCUCCAUCAGUCGGGAUUUAGCCUGUCAGGCACCCAAGUGGAUGAGGGUGUUCGUUCAGCCAGCAAACGCAUCGUGGCGCCCCCUGGAGGCCGUUCUAAUAUCACAUCCCUGAGUUAAGCAAGCCCUCCCCAACCAGGGAGGCAGAAGCAAGAAGAGAUUUUUUUGAAGCCAAAAUGGUACACCGAUAUUUAAGAAGGGAAGUGAAUCCAAACAGUUGCGAUCUAAAGAAUCAAUAAGCCUCAAGCCUUAUGUUUCCCAAUGUUAUGCUCGCUUGCCUAGUUUUACGAAUUGCUUUGAUUUCUGUUUAUGCAUAACCUAGAUUUCUUUGACCCCCCCACUUACAUGCAUGCGAUCAGACAGGCCACUAAGGUAGAGUCUGCAUAUUAUAGUGUUGAGAGCAUAUGUAGCGCUGCAUCUUACGACAAGGGGACAGACAAAGCUGGGAUGUCAAGAAAAUUAACAAAAGGCACGAAGGUUUCUUUGGGUGAUUGGGUGGUGGGAGCCGAGGGCAAGGUGGAGGGCACAAAGGGGCUGGAGUGGGGCGUGUAGGAGGGAGGUGGGUGGGCUGGGUGAGCAGAAGGCUGUGGUGUGUUGUGAUGUACGUUAAUUUCCAUGGAAAAUAGCCACAUGUGGCAACUGGAUGCUUCGUCACCAUCCCCUGGGAUCUGUAGAGAAGGCAGGAGGUCUUUGGGUUUGGACUUUGUCACAUCCUUUCCUGGUAGAGUUUGUUUCUUUCAUUGCUUGUUUAAUGUCAGAAUCCAGCCAGAUCUUGCUUCUCAAUGAAGCCGUGUUUGCUUGAGCCUCUUUCUUGGGUUGCUUUCUAAUAUUCUUUUCUGGGUUGUGAUGGCCACACACAAGAGGUCUCUUCUGCUUUCUUUGUGUUCCUCAAAGGCUGCCGUGGAGGGUACAGCACAGGCUCUGGUUGGGGGAGAGCAGUAACAAUUCCACGGCCUUCCUCUCAGGCCUGGGGAGGCAGCUGUCACUCUCCUGCCUGCAAAAUGAGGGGAGACACAUCCUCUUGCUUGCUGAGUGGUAUGACUGGCUAUCCAAACACAUUUGGGAUUUUACUUUUUCUUUUUAACUUUUUGGGGAAAAAAAACUUUGUCAGGUUUUUUGUUUGCUUCCUUGCUUGAUAUUUUGUUUGUUUGUUUGUUUUUUGAGACAGGAUUUCUCUGUGUAGCUUUGUAGACCAGGCUGGCCUCGAAAUCACAGAGAUCUGUCUGCCUCUGCCUCCCAAGCGCUGGGAUUAAAGGCGUGUGUCACCACUGCCAGGCUUCUCAGUUCUUCUUAAUCUUGACCUCUAAUAGUAACUUUAGCUUCUAUGGGAAUAAAGCAGAGAUUUAGGGAAGCCAAUCUUGAGUAGCAGGAGUAUCCUAUGUAUAACCAGAUUUUCAGUUCUAAGUCAUGUGCUUCAUUUUCUACUAGCAGGUCCCAGGGGCAGGGAUGUCACUUUUCAAUUGGUACUAAAAUCUCCAGGGUGAGAUGUAUGAAGUGACACAAUGCACCCUUCUUGGCAUGGCACAUAAGGGGAGUAGGCAGAGAUGUUUGCUCCCCUGUUUGUCUGUUGGAGUUGGAAGUCCAUGUCCCUGUCACACUAUUUCCAAAACCAAUUGUGAGCCAGAUUCUAUGAGCAAGACAGGGGUCUGGAGAAGCCUGUAGACUCUCCUGCAAGCAAUAUGCUAUCACCCUUGGCUCAGACUUCAGACUUGGCUCUCUUGGUAAGAAACAUCACAUUGUCUACUAAGUACUCUGAAGAUCAGAGCAGGGCUCACACACCUUCUAAGUACUUAGGAGAAACUGUCAUCUCUGCCUGCUGGUGUGUUUUGUUUGUUUUGUGUUUUUGGCGGUGGAAGGUUUUUGUUUAUUUUGUUUUAUGGAGCUGGACAAUGCAGUCCAGGGCCUGUCACCUGCUAGGCAAGCACCCUGCCACUGUGCUACGCAUACAUGGGGCCUCCAGCCCUGACUGCAGGUUGUAAUGAAACUAAGAAGUAGAGAGACAUGAACGGCUUGGCUAUGAAGGGAUUUGGAAGUAGCAGAGGAAGAGGGUCUCCCUGAGCAAGCUGGUUUCUGCUGCAAUCGUGGAAAAGGCUCUUUGAACUUCACGAUAGGGAAUCUUGCUGUUUAGAGCUCUUAUGGUGCUUUCAUUCUAACGGAAACCUCAGCAGAAGAAAACGAGGGGAGUGUAGUCUUGAAUUACAAUUCGAAGACGUGGGAAUUUCUCCAGGAAAUUCAGAAUGACUUUUAUAGGGAGGUUUCCAUAUCUGAAGCAAGUAUAACAUAUACCUCAAUAGCCAGGCUUGACUGCAGCAUAGGUUGUAGUACCAACAGUAGCCACCAGAUGGAGGAAGAGACAUGUAAACUAAUUCUGGGCUACCACAACAAUGUGGUUUCCCACACCUGAGACCAACUGGUCCUUCCUGGGCCUCUCUGGUCAAGAAAAAUACCCUUCUCUGGGCCACUUGCACUGCACUUGAGACUUCCAAAAUGUGCCACUGUGCCGAAACGUUGUUCCACUCAAGCGUUCCCUGUGUGAGGUUCAGCUUUUUGAAGCUCUCAAGGUGGGCCAGCACCAUCCAGGGACACCUCCCUUUUUUCAGUCAUUAUUAGUAACACCUAAGCAUAGAAAUUCCUGAGAAUUCCUUGAUGACUCCCCCACUAUUUUCUUAACAUAAGAAUUUUCUAAGCAACAGGUUUCCUGAGUUAAAAUUUCGUAUUGAAAUUGGUUCUGCUGCAUAGAUACAUCGGAUAGCCCCUGUCACUGCAUUUUGGGAAGGAAAAUGCAAGAACUAGGGGCUUCCUCCAAGCUCACUGGCGAUCCAUCCAAGGGAGCGAGGGCUUGUUGGGCACUAUCUUCUCUCAGGAAGCUUUGUAAUGUGGGUUUUCACCCAGCCUCUUCUAAGAAUGCCAUGUAAUCUAUUGACAUUUGUCUGAAAGGGCCAUGGGCUUGAGUGGUUGAGAAGACAUUUGUGGAGAAAUUAAGUCAGCUUCCCCAGCAGAGAUAUGUCUUUGGCUUCUCAGUUUGUUUUUUUUUUUUUUUUUUCCCUACUAGAAUUAGUCAUCCUCCAAAAUAGCCUCUCCCCUCCUUCAAAAUGCUCCUUCAUGACGACGCUCAGAGGUCUCAUCUCAUCCCCAAGGUCUGAAUCCUAACUCUGGCUUCCAUUCUGCUCACCCUGUCAAGUCCCUUCCAAGAAUCGAGUGCUUCCCAAUUUUGAUUCCUGGCCCAAGCCCCGGGGUCUUCCCCUCUAGACAGCCCAGCUUGUGUCCAGAUGCAGCCAUGGGCUGGCCCAGGCAGCCAGCCUUCCUCGUAAUUCCCCUUUGAGACAUGGUGUGUGGGUGUUCAGUUCUGUGUCUGGUGGCUAUGGACAGACAGUGCGUCUCCCUGUGACCUGUGCUAGCUGUGAGACAGCUCGGAAAUGGAAGAGCUGUUUGGUUUGAACCGUGAAGAAAACUGUGUAUCGAGUUAGCUGAGAUUAAAGAGAAAAAAAGCUCUUCAAGUGACUGUUAAUGUAAACCUGGUUAUUAAAAUAAUCAUAAAAUUA